CUGUUUGCUCACCGCCCAGAAAAAUCUCACCGCCCGAGGAAAUUUCCCAAAUCGAUCUUUUCGACUUCGAGUUGAGAUUAUACAAAUAAUACAGCACAGCAAACAUGAAGCGCAAGUUGGAUGCAAACGACGUUCCCUCUCCCGAACCGGCUGGUGCGGAUGAGAAGGAAUUUGAUUUUGAGGCUCUCAAUCUGGAUCCGCGUCUUCGCCAGGCUCUCAUCAAGGAAAACUUCAGCAAGCCGACCCUCAUCCAGGCCAAGGCAAUUCCGUUGGCCCUUGAAGGAAAGGACAUUCUAGCCCGCGCCAAAACUGGCUCAGGAAAGACGGCUGCCUAUGUGCUCCCAAUCCUGCAAGCAAUUCUCCAACGCAAAUCUGCCGAUUCCUCGUUGAAAGCCACCACAGGUCUUAUUCUCGUCCCCACUCGCGAGCUUGCGGAACAGGUUCAAAAAGUCAUCACUUCGUUUACUGCCUUCUGCGGAAAGGAUGUCCGAUCUGUCAACCUCACUCAGAAGGUGUCCGACGCCGUGCAGCAGUCCAUGCUUGCCGAUUUCCCCGAUUUGAUCGUCUCCACGCCCACUCGAGUCCUGGCUAAUGUCAACAACUCCGCUCUGUCGCUCGAGAAGCUUACUCACCUGGUGAUCGACGAGGCCGACUUGGUUCUUUCAUACGGUUACGACGAGGAUAUCAAUGCUCUGUCAAAGGCUAUCCCCCGUGGUGUACAGACAUUCCUCAUGAGUGCUACUCUGACCUCCGAAGUUGAUACUCUGAAGAGCCUGUUCUGUCGCAGCCCGGUGAUUCUGAAGUUGGAGGAUAGGGAAGAGAAGGGUGCUGAAGUUAGCCAGUUUGUGGUCAGAUGUGCGGAAGACGAGAAGUUCCUGCUUACAUAUGUCAUCUUCAAGCUACAGCUGGUCAAGGGCAAGGUUAUCAUUUUCGUCGGCGAUGUGGACCGCUGCUACCGUGUGAAGCUUUUCCUGGAACAGUUCGGUAUCAAGAGCUGUGUCCUCAACUCAGAGUUGCCCAUUAACUCGCGACUACACGUUGUUGAAGAGUUCAACAAGGGUGUUUACGAUAUCAUCAUCGCCGCAGACGAGCAGGAGGUUAUGGGUACACCCAAGCCUUCCAAGAAGCCACAGGAAGUUGACGAGAAGGCAGACAAGAAGGAAGAAAUUGGCAGCAGCGAGGAUGAAGAAGAAGUGGAGGAAUCCAACAACAAGCAAAAGUCCAAGAAGCGCAAGAUGUCCAACAAAGAAAAGGACUACGGUAUCUCGCGCGGUAUCGACUUCCAAAACGUUGCCUGCGUUCUCAACUUCGACCUUCCCUCUACCUCAAAAUCCUACACCCACCGCAUCGGACGUACUGGACGUGCGGGCAAGGCCGGCAUGGCCCUCUCCUUCGUCAUCCCCACCGACCAAUACGGAAAACAUAAGCCCACGUCGACCCCCAGUGCCAAGAACGAUGAAGCUGUCAUUACCAAAAUUAUCAAGCGUCAAGCCAAGAUCGGCAACGAGGUCAAGCCCUACCACUUCGAGAUGUCCCAAGUCGACGCCUUCCGCUACCGUAUGACCGACGCCCUGCGCGCCGUCACUCGUCUUUCCGUGCAAGAAGCUCGCGCGCGGGAGAUCCGUCAAGAGCUGAUCAAGAGUGAGAAGCUCAAGCGUCAUUUCGAGGAGAACCCGGACGAGCUGCGCCAACUGCGCCACGAUGGUGAGCUGCGUGCUGCCCGUGUUCAGCCGCAUUUGAAGCACGUGCCGGAUUACCUGAUGCCUACGAAGGGGCGUAAGGGUAUCUCGAAAGAGGAUGUUGGAUAUGUCGGCUUCUCCAAGACGAGUGAGAAUCGUAUCCGUAAGGCUCGUGAUCGUAACCGUGCUCGCGGGAAGGGCAAGAAGACUGGGAAGGUCGAUCCUUUGAAGACAUUUAAUCGCGGUCGCAAGUGAAAUAGAUAUGGAGUGCUAGGACAUAUGCUAUGAUACCAUUGUACAGUUGGAUUGGAAACAAUUACAUUUGCGAUUAUCCUUUUUUGUGCUUAAUAGUUCUUGUAGUACAUUCCAGGUUUAUGCUGUGUCUCCUCGAGACUAAUGUAUGUACACUUCGGUCGGCUUAACACUCGACCCUCGAUCAAAUCACGGACUGUAGGUAUCACGAUCCUCGAUGCUUCGAGCGGUUGUUCCACGCCUCAUCAUCUGCUCCCGUAAAAACCUCAAUCCACUUCCCACAACCUUCUUUUCUGAUGACCCGAAUCCCAGCGCACACCUCUUUCGCCUUACUGAUUGCAUCGCGCCAGGCCUGACGCUCUUUGUCACGACGGUACAACCAACGUUCCUCCUCCACGUCCCACGGUAGAUCGGUUGGGGGAGGAGACCGAGGAGGGUCGUGGCGAUCAAUAUGGUCCUCCAUCGAGAGGGUUUGGAAAGCAUUGGCCGGCGCAAGAAGAGAGUUAUUUCGCGACGCAAGCGGCAAAUACGAUGGAGGGGGUAGGUUUCGAAUUGCCGAGAUGGGUCUUGUGAAGGGACGAAGAAGAUCCUUGUCCCCUGGGUAUUCAAAGCCAGGACCUAGACCAAUCCAUCCAACAUUUCGCCAGGAUCCAUUCCAUUCAGGACCCGAUGUGCCUGGCCGACAGGGCAGGCCGUCUGGAUCAGUUCCCGUCCAUGUCAGCGCGGGUAUCCAUUCAGAGCAACCCUCGAGAUCCAGCCAUUUCAGGCAGUAAGUAAAGCGAGAGAGCUGUCGAAGUAUCCCCGCUGCUUCUGCCCAGUUAUUUUCAUCUCCGGAGUAAACAUCUGUACCGCCGUGGACGAAUGCGGGACCCCGGUGGUUUGAUGGGCGCAUCCGCGCGGGGGCGGUAUGAGGGGUACGAGUUGGAGGGGGCCACUGAGCUAGAGACAAAUGUGUGAUGGUAGAAAGACGAGAAAGAAUGUGAAGGAGAGAGUUCCAGCUUGCAGCUCCAGGGACUGGGUGGGCGAGGGAAAGGUAGCGGAGAUUGGUGAAGCGGGCGUUUUGGCUGAUGGAUUUGGGAAUGGAACCAGCUGUAGUGGCAGACAAAGCGGCGUCCCCCACAGGCUCAACGGGUGUUUGUUCAUCCCAUGAGGCAGGGACGCUCUCCUCUGGCGCAGGCUGGGCGACAGCAGGUGCUGACUUGGUGGUGAUAAACAGCUCCCCCGAGAGUUGUUUGAACGUCAUCCAGUAACCCAGCGCCCACGCCAGAUCCAACCGGCAGGUAAAGGUAUCGGCUUUGUGGGGAGUGUCCACAUCAGCUUCACCUUGAUCUCCAGCAGUGUCAGACUCGGUGAGAAACAGAGGCUUCAGGCCCCUCAUGCGUCCUUUCAGAGGCUGAGUUCUCGUGCGAGCCGCAUAGACGGCGACAUAGCUGAGCAUGAGCUCUUUAGUAUGUGGGGGCAAAUGAGCCAGAAAUGGCCCAUCAUAAUCCAGAUGCCAGGCCCAGUUCAAGGCCAUAGACAUGAGGACUGCAUGGAGUAGACUGGACUCAGCUGGGAACUUUGCCCCAGGUAGUCUAUCGAGACGAUAUAUAGUAUUUCUGUCACCUCCGGUGGUAGCCAGCACGGCUUCUUCCGCUGACUGCGACCCCUCGCUAUUUCCCGAGAGCCAGCUGUUUGGGGGCGGAGGUCCUGGGGUCAAUCGUACUGGACGCGCGCCGAUAAUCGUGCGGCGAGGUCCAGGGCGAGGUCGAGGUGAUGGGGCCUCUGGAAGCUCGAGAAGGUUUCUAAGAGUUGGAUGAACGGAUCCUUGAGGGAGGAAGGAUUGUGAAGAGGCUGGAGUUUCGGGUUCAGAGGGAGUCGGCGCUUGUGUGCGGCGAAGAUGGCUGAUCAGAUCGUUGACAGAAGGCGAGUCAGACGUGGUGGAGCCAGCAGGUCGUCUGGUUUGAUCAUUCUGUCGGGGGCUGGAAGUGAGAGUAUGAUGCGGGGUACCGGUAGGUUUGAAGACAAAGGACUUCUUCUGCUUUUUGGUCAUGAGCAAUCGAUAGAUGUUUUGAGGGCGUAG